CGGCCCUUCGAACACCACGAGCACGCCCGGGUGCAAACUUCACGUUCGAUCAAUUUGUUUGCUGCGUUUUGCUGUUGUCAACGAGAGUCAAUUGAGCAACUUUUGUACUGGUUGUACUGGAAUCUACCGACCUAAUAUUGCGACGUUGAGCGACAGUCCCGGUUCUUGCGCCCACCCAACUCAUAUUUAAUGACUUUAAUACCCACGCCUUCAAGGUUCGAAGCAUAAUUGGUCGACACGGUCAGUUCAAAGGGCACGAACAACCUGGAUAAGCACGAAUUAUUGGUACCAUACAAUAUUUGAGUUUGGAAAUCAGUGUACUCUGGCUGUGCUGGCACAUAACCAAUAAUUCACAAUGAGUGUUCGGGUCGUCGCACGUAUUCGACCUCUGCUCAAGUCGGAGCGCGACUUAGACGUCAUCCUUCGCACUGGCCCGUCUGCCCACGGUGCCGACAAGAAGACUACCACACAAGAGAAAGGAGCAUUGGCAACACUGAGGGAUAGGGAUACUGUAGUACGGAUCCCGAACCCAAAGAAUGAGAGCGAAGAGUACUCUUUCCAGUUCAAUGCUGUCUACGAGGCGGAAGCCACACAGCAGGAGCUGUAUGAGGCCGAGGUCGCACCAACCGUCAAGCACCUCUUCAACGGUUUCGAUGUCACACUUUUCGCAUACGGAGUUACGGGGACAGGGAAGACGCACACCAUGCGAGGCGGCAAAAGCCUGGUUGACAGAGGCGUCAUUCCUCGUCUCCUCAGCAGCAUAUACAGGCGCAGCCGGAAAAUGGAGAAGGAAAGCGGUGGCGAAACCACGGUCAACGUCUCUUUGAGUUAUUACGAGAUCUACAACGACAAGGUCUUCGAUCUGUUCGAGCCUCCAGAAAAGAGAACAUUGGCAGGCCUCCCCCUCCGUGAUAAUGGAGGCAAGACUGUAGUUGUCGGCCUGACGGAGAGACCAUGCCACAACCUCAAGGAAUUUGAGACCUUGUAUGACCAGGCGAACAUCAACAGAUCGACGUCUGCCACCAAGCUAAAUGCCCACUCAUCACGCUCUCACGCCAUCCUCUGUGUGCGCGUAACAGUGAGCACUGGCGAAAAAACCUGCGUCAGCACUGCGUCGGCCAUUGAUCUUGCCGGCUCGGAGGACAACCGUCGGACUGACAACGAUAAGGAGCGCAUGGUCGAAUCUGCCAGUAUCAACAAGAGUCUAUUUGUGCUCGCCCAGUGUGUGGAAGCGAUCAGCAAGAAGCACUCCAGAAUUCCAUACCGCGAAUCGAAAAUGACUCGGAUCCUCUCCUUGGGACAGAACAAUGGGCUGACGGUCAUGAUCUUGAAUCUCGCCCCUGUCAAAUCCUAUCACCUCGAUACAAUCAGCUCCCUUAACUUCGCCAACCGAACGAAGAAGAUUGAAGUGCGCGAAGUGGAGAACGAACCCAUCUUCAAGGGACCUCCCAGGCCGGUGGCACGGCCUUCAAUCAUGGGCACGCUGCGCCAACCCUUACGCCCUCUGACUGCAUCCGUCAAUGUAAAUUUGACCACAACGGCAGCCAAAGACGCUGCAAACCCUGGCGAAAAGCCCCUGAAAGCAUUUCACGUCUACUCCGACAAGUCACAACCGCGCUUCUCCACCCAGCUCAAGAAGCCCGAUUUGCCGAAGCGCACAUCUCUCAGCGCCGAUACCACUGCUCGAAUCACGAAACAGCCCAUGCGUCUCGCACAAUCGACUCACCAGCAGCCCCCGAAGCAAUUCGAGGAUUUCUCAGCCGCGAGGAUUGAGGAGAUGGUUGAGAGAAAAGUCGAGGAAAUUCUCGCUGUGCGAGCGGUCAGCGAGCAGUCACGGCAAACGCAAGUUCGCGAGCUCAAUGAGCAAGUGCAACGCCGCUUGGAGCUUCUCGAGCAACGGAUUGAGGGAUCGGAAGAUGCGCGAGCAGAGGGUCUAUCAUACCUUCUCAUGGCCAAACAGCACCAAGGUCGUGGUGAGGACAAUUUCGCUCUCAAGAUGUAUCAAUUGGCACUUCCAUUCUUUCCCAACAACGAGAAGCUAGCUCGGAAGAUUGCCAACCUGAAGGAACGCAUCCACGGCAAAUCCCACACGGAAACCCCAGCUGUCGACACGACUAGCAGCGCCGUUAAUUCUCAUCCCAGCAAGCGCGACUUCGGAAGCAUGCUGUCCCUCAAGAAGCAACCCGCCGCCAAAGCAACUCUCAAACGCACCAACGCAGAGGACUCUGACGCAGACUACGAGCCUGUCGACGACGAAGAUACCCAGCAAGUAGUGAAUCAAGACGAAGAGAUCGAGGAAAUCGAGGUCGACCUCGAAGAAAUCGCCCAUGCCCGUCGGCGGAAGCGCACCCGCACGAAAACGCCCAUCGAUAUGGCCGAAGAAUUCGAGCCUCCAUCCCCACGAACCAUCCACCUCCUCUCAAUCAUCAACUCCCGUGAUGUGAGUCAGAUCAAGCUCCUGAAAGGCGUGGGGGUCAAAAAGGCCGAGGCCAUCGUCGACUGUCUCUGCGAGAUGGAUCAGCAUGUCGAGAGCCCGGGGCUGGAGCAAGAGCAAGCCGCAGCAGCUCAAGUGCACAUCCACAGUCUCGCAGAGUUGAGCAAGUUGAAGGGAGUGGGGAUGAAGAGUGUUCAGAGCAUGCGCAAUGGCGUUUUGGUAUAGAAGACUUCUUCCGCUUUUUCUUCAAAGCGGUAUUUGGAAUUCCCUAUGAGAAGGCAGGAUGUGCCAUCUGAGUUCUGCAGUUUGUGUGUCCGCUUUUUGUUUCUUUUGCAUUUGCACAUAUGCAUUUUUGGCAUGAGCCAUCAUUGACCCCAUCAAGCGAGGGCGUUAUUCUGGAGUUGAUUUGGUGAUAGGAGUUCGAGGGAAGAAUUUUGAGUUAUAUGAUUGAAAUUACUUUACCAUUCUUGAUUAGGAGAUAUACUCAAUCUUAAACAACACAUACAC